CCAUUUUCAUCACUUUGUCCUUGGAACAUCGCUGCAAGCCUGACGCAACUCCAUUGUGAUCCUUCAUUUGUGACCUGAACACCCCAGAAACAAUCCCGGUAUUCCUGGACCUGCCAGUUUUAUAUCCUGAGUGUAUAAAGACUGAAGUGAGCUGAGUGUCGCCACACUACCCCCUCUGUACCGACCAGACAUCACCACAGCAUGGAUUCCAUGGACAAGCCUCUGCCCAAUGAUGAUCCCACUGUCACCCUUACCAUUAGGCUUAUCAUGCAAGGCAAGGAAGUUGGCAGUAUCAUCGGUAAAAAGGGAGAAAUUGUGAAGAGAUUUCGUGAAGAGUCAGGGGCCAAGAUCAACAUCUCUGAUGGCUCUUGCCCUGAACGCAUUGUCACAGUCACAGGACCAACAAAUGCCAUUUUUAAGGCAUUUACACUCAUCUGCAAGAAAUUUGAAGAGUUCCAGGAGAUGCAAGGUGCUCCCAACGGGUCAGGUAUCCCACGUCCCCCAAUUACAUUGCGUCUCAUUGUGCCAGCAUCACAGUGUGGUUCCCUCAUUGGCAAGGGAGGUUCGAAGAUUAAGGAGAUUCGUGAGGUCACCGGAGCAUCAAUACAGGUGGCAUCGGAGAUGCUGCCCAACUCAACAGAACGUGCGGUGACCAUUUCCGGCACCAGUGAGGCCAUCACCCAGUGCAUCUACCACAUCUGUUGCGUUAUGCUCGAGUCCCCUCCUAAAGGUGCCACGAUUCCCUAUCGUCCCAAACCCCAAGUAGCUGGGCCAGUGAUCCUAGCCGGCGGACAAGCUUACACUAUCCAGGGUAACUAUGCCGUGCCUGCCCAUGCCGACGUAAGUACAAUGCCCUUGUUCCCGGGCUUGGCUCCGGUUGCCGCCGGACACACCCCGUUGGGCCUGCCCCCCUCCCCACUCCUCCAUACCGCGGGGCUGGCGGCAGAUCCGCUGCUGAAGAACGGACACUUGCAAGCUGCAUUACCGCCCGCGCAUCUGGCGGCUGCCGACAAGAUGGGGAUGGGCAAUUCUCCAUUGGCCGGCUUGGCGGCUCUCGGCUUAGGCGGCCUCAAUGCGGGCAACACUGGAGGCCUGAAUCCUGCAGUGUUAUCUGUUGGCACAGCUCUCGCUGCCCUUGCUGGUAGUCAGCUCCGAACGAACAACCAAAACCGUAACCAGCCUGGAGCAAAUCAGCAGACACAUGAAAUGACAGUUCCCAAUGAACUGAUCGGUUGCAUCAUUGGCAAGGGUGGCACAAAGAUUGCAGAGAUCAGGCAAAUUAGUGGAGCCAUGAUUCGCAUCUCAAAUUGUGAAGAACGUGAAGGUGGCGCCACCGACAGAACCAUCACAAUCACAGGCAAUCCUGAUGCAGUGGCUCUGGCACAGUAUCUCAUCAAUAUGAGGAUAUCGAUGGAGACAGCUGGGAUGCCAAUGCCUGGGUACCACUAUAUCACACCCAAUCAUAUUGUCAAGGCUCCAAUACACUAAUGUACAAUGUAUUGUAAUAAUAUUAGGGAGCUCUGCUCAAGUGUUUCUUUUCCAUCUCCUGAGGAAAGAAAGAAAUACUUGUGUAGGAUUUACUGUGACAAAAAGCAGAAAAAAAAAGUGAGGGAAGUAUGUGUUGGAGAAAGUAAGUGAUGGUAAUUUUCACUUGGUCAUUGUGAACAAAAUUGUUUGCAAACUUUUUAUGUGAGUAGGAGGGUUAAAGCAUGCAUUAAAGGGACAAAAUUGCAAGUAAUAUUUUCCAAGUUGAAAAUAAUACUUGCCAACUAUUUCUGCACGAGUGUGUUGGUGUGAUGUGAAAGCAAGUAUUGCAAGUAUUGUUUUCUAAGUUGAAAGCAAUGUUUGUAUGUUUGUUGUUUGUUUCUGUAUGUUUAUGGUGGUGAAAAUGAGAGGGAUGGCUAGUAGUGUUUUCUGGUUUGAAAACAAUAUUUGCCACACCGUGUAAUGAGUAAGUUCGAUGGCGGUAAAGGGAUCAAGCCAAAGAUUUGUGAUUUUUUUGUUUAUUAUUAUUAUUAUUAUUAUUAUAUACUAGAAAUGUUAUAUAUUAUUUAUUGUAAUUAACACCACCACCACCGUUGCUACUACUACCACCGUAUAUUACAGUAUAACAUCCCCAUCUAUAACAAUUUCUUUUUCUCCUCGAAUGUUUCACUUUUAAUAACCAAUUACAUAACACCUAGACUAGUGAUCAAUUUAGGAGUGAAGUAUUUCUCGCACUAGCAAGUAGUUUGAUGUGAAUUCUUCUUAGAACAAACUAGGUUUUUUAAUACUAGGACAUUGUUUUUCUUAUCUUGUUUAGAUUUAUCCAUGAAAUGUUAGCACUGGUAGCCACAGUCCUAGUUGCCAUACCUAACACUUACUCUAAUUGUUACAUCUCAGUUAGUGUCUUCCUAAGAAAAGUAAUAAAGCCAAACCUUAGAACGGAAUGUCAAAUUGACCAUAUCAAUCCAGGAUAUGACCUGGCUGAAGUUUGCUCACAUGGCAGAGGAGGAGCUACAUAAUUGGAAAUACUCAAGUAUGUGCAACAAAAUAAUGUAGAUCUGGAAGUGGAAAUACUCUGACAGUGGCAGUGCCAGUUGUGCCAAUUUCUGAAACAUCACACGUUUCUUACCAUAUCAGAUCUUGAUUGUAAUUGUCAAGGCCAUCAUAAUGAUAUUAAGAAAUUGCAUUGCACUGAAUUAGAACGGGUAGACAACAUAUGUGGGACAAUACACUUAUGUAAAUGAUUUAGCCCCUUGAUGGACUCACCCUUUUUUAGUCUGGAACAGACAUACAUCAAUUUUCUGAAUAUAUUCCUCCCACAUAAUGUUUCCUGGAAGCUUGACUUCAGGUGACCUGUAGUACAUAUCCCUCUUCUUCCAGUGCUUGAUCAUAUCUUCCAUGUAAUAUUAUACCCUUUUAAUAUUAAUAUGUGCCAAAUCUUAUUUACUAUAAUCCAGUUUUUAAUAAGAAAGUAACCUAUUUAAUGCUCAUCUUUAAGAAAGAGAGCAUGAAUUUCUAAGAAAAAGAAAGGAUCACAUUUUAGAGGAAUUUCCAUUUAAGAACAAAAAGUGUAGUUUAGGAAGUACUUUAUUUUGUGUGCAGAUUCUUUGUCUAACAAAUGUAUCAUUGUUGUUUUAGCAAGGACUAAGUCACUAAUAACAGCACUAGCCAAUGGCAGAUAUGUUGCUGUGAUUAGAAAUAGCUUAAUAAUAUUAUUAUUGUAUUGGGGCAGUUUCUCUUAGAGUGCGGAUGAUAACAGAGUAUGGGUACCUUAUUCAUGUUGUGUUCCCACUGAUGGAAGCAGUUUUGCUACACAGAUUAAUUUUUUUUUUCUCAGAGGGAUGAUAAAAGAGUUAGAGGAUAGUAUGUAGGGUAUAUCCUGUGUGAUAAUGAAACAUGUAGUAGGUAUCCCAUUCAGUAUUGGAAUAGCAUGCAAGACAUUUCACAUGUGACACUGAAGAGUAGAUCUUCAUGUGUGUAGGCCAUAUCACAUGUGAUGUUGCAGGAAUGGAAUUAUGUCGAAAUAUACAUUUUUUUUGUGCAUUUUGAAAAGUAAUUUCCAGAGAAGAAACAAACUUUCUUGUGCUCACAUAGCAAAGAUAAAGACAUAUCUUUUAAGAAAAAAUUCACAUGAGGUAGCUUCAUAUCAUACAUUAAAAUGAUAAGCUUUAAAUUUAACGUGAUGAGUUAGGAAGGAACUGGAUACAAUUGUAUCCACUUGCUGGCAUGUACAUACUGAGGAGCACAUUGCACUGACAAAUUAAUGUGUUGUGCUCAGGAUUUAUUGAGAGUUAGAUAGAUAAACUUGAUAACAACAUGGACAAUCUGAAUAUUGUUUUCUGUGUUGGUUAAUGUGUUGUCAUACUUCCUUUAUUAUGAAUGAGUGUUGGUAUAUUGGUUAAACUUUUAGGAGUGUAGAUUAUUUUUGUUUUGUUUAGGAGAUAUCUGCAGUUUUUUAUUCAGAAUAAUAUAAUUGUUAUGUACCAGUGUUUUGUACUAUAUAAAAAGAAAUAUCUUGACUGAAAAGAUAUUUUUGUGCAAAGAGCAAAUGAUUUAUCUAAGCUAAUAAUGGUAUUAUUACAUAAUGUGUACUGAUGAAAUUUGUCCCAAUAAUGCGAAGCACCAACGUAGCAUAGCCCAGUGUCUCUCUCUCUUUCUCUCUUGCACCUUUUCAUCAUUUGCCAUGUUAACAGUUAGUUUUAACACUAUGCACUUUUGUCGCUCCCUUAAAUGGAUACCCAUUACGAAAGAGCCUAAUACUUCUAUAGAGGUGCACUGCUUUGCAAGCAGUUUUUAUGUGACCUCAUUCAAUUUUUAACUUUGUUUUUUACCCAGAAGACACCACACAAAAAGGAAAACUUUUUUCUGAACCAAAUCACUACACCUUCAAAACAUGAUAUCGUUAUACAGAAUUAUUAGAAGUUCAUUAUGGGUACCUGUUUAAGAUGUCUUUUUUUACAUAGAAUUUUUCCAGAUUCUAGGUAGAUUAAGGAGGUUUCCAAAUCUUACGAUAUAUUAGGUAACUUAACUAGUUUCCAACAUGAUGCAUGAAAUAUUAGUGGCAGGAGAAAAAGCUGACUGUCUUACACAUUUCAAUUGAGUUGGGUACGGUACAGUACAGUUGGAAAUGGUUUAAUUUUCUGUCUGUUUAAAAAGUCCUUCAGGUGCAAUGAUGGCACAAGAGGGCAAGGGAGCAUUUUUCUCCUCCAAACAUAUAUUUAUGUUAGUAAUGUACUUCAUUAUAUAUAUCAUUAGUGAUUCCACCACUGUUUAUGGCUGUGGUUUCGGAUAGGUAACAAAAUAUUAUCAACUCCCAACUUUUUUAAGAUAAAAAGUCGGUGGUGAAGUCUCUCAGAACCUUGUUCCCAUGACAUGAACGUCAACCAUUUGUAUAAGGCAAAGAAAACCGGUAGAUUCCCAUCCCUCUACCCCCCUAUUGUGUACUAGCCAGUAAACUGGUGUGAAGAUGAAAUGUUUGUGCCCUUACCCAUGACCUUUCUGGACAGCACCUGGUGUCAUUGUGAUUUGCAGAAUGUUUCCAGCUUGGUCACAGGAUGCUGUUGGACUUGGAAACACUCUGUGUGAGGCCAGGAUACCUUUUGUGUGACAUAUCCUUGUUUCAGUUUAAUUUUCAGUGCAGGGAGUAGUUAGCAGUUGAGCUCAGAGCAAUAAUCAGAAACUAUUAUAUGUAUUUUGAUUUCAAUAAGAGUUGGAUGAACCAGAAGUGAUAUAUGUCAUGGAGCACAGGGGCCUUAACAUUAAUUCUAUGCUGACGUUUUUUAUGGAAAAAAGGGGAAAGCUUUUAGUUAUUUAUAUUCUUUUCCAUUGAAUGUGAACCAAUUUGGACAUUUGUACGCAAGGCAAUCAAGUAAUAUAAUACUAAUAAUAUACCUUUCUUCCAAAGAAAAUAAUCCUUAAAAUAUCUAACAAUGUUGAUUCUGUAUUAAUAAUAUAAAAAGCUGUUUGUAUUUUAAACUGUUCUCUGAAGGGAAGCUUUGUUAGUUCGUUAUGAAAUCUUUACAUUCGUUCAAUGCUGCUAAUGAAACAGAAGGCUACAUAGUUACUGAAAUCUUGUUUACAAGUUUGUACAUUAGUACAGGAUACCAGCCUUCAUUUUCAAGGCAGACGCUCGGUUUUGCUUAAAUAAGAGCUAAGGAACAAGGAAAGAGACCAGUCAUGUUAUGAAUUAUGAAUGAAACACUGCCUAACAUCCAGCAUCAUUUUUGUAUGAAUUGUACAUAAUCUGUUUCUGUACUGAUGCAGUGUUCAACUUGUAAAUGAUACAUAAUUCAAAUUGUUAGUUUCUAGUGAAGCUAAUCUUGGUUAGCUCCAUGUAGACCUGCUUUGGCUGUAAAAAGUGACUUGUUGCUGAUUGCAUGAUUCAUAAUCUAUGUGUUGACAGUGGAAUCAUUUUAAAAUAUUGAUAUAUUUAUUUUUUAUUAUGUAACCAUCUUAUAAGAUGAAGUUAACACCAGUUUCAGUACACUUGUUUUGUAUGUCCAAGGUGGCUGUGAGGAACAGUUUUUAAGUACAUAUCUCAUUUUCAAGAUGUUUAAAGAUUUUAUGUUACCAUUCUUAAUUUCAAAUCCAGCCAUUCAUAUACAAGGGACAUAUUUAGCAUUUAUUGGUAUCCCUGCAUUAACACUGGACAGUGGUCUGUAGAAUGAAGCUAUACCAAGUUUUGCCACUAGAACGUGUUUCUUUCUGUUUAAUUUCUUAGAUACUUGGUUAGAAUCCCUUGUGACACGAGUCCUUCAGGAGAUCAUUUGGCAUAUAUUUUGUUCAUCUGAUGAGACAGCUUGUACCUAUAGCACACAGGUGAUGGGCAUAACCUUGAGGUUUGCAAGUCAAAUUAAUGUGCCAAAUGUUUGUAACUUGGAAAGCUUGUGCCAAAUCCUUGAACCACAACACCUGAUGUGUGUGGUGGAACCUGGAUCAUCAGGCUGUAAUGUUAAAAUGUGAAGCUCAGGAAACUUGAUUGUACCUGUCCUACUGCUGACCUCUGCAGUCUUUCUUCUGUGUCAGGUUCAUGCAAAUGUUGGCUGUACUGUCUCAGUUACUUCCUGUUGCACAAGACUUGAUUUGGAGAAUUUCAGUUAGAGGUGUGAGAAUGAGUCUCCUUUCAGCUGUUACCUUGAGGGUGUCCAUUCAUGUAUGAACUAAUGAUAGUAUUUAUUGAAAUUGACGAGAGGUGUUCAUGAAGGAAUUAAUAGAGUUAUAGAUUGAAAAACUAUUUGAUCUCUGUUUUUUUAUUUAAUUUUUGCAGUUUAAUAUUUGCUGAGACAUGGGGAGAAGGAUACAGGGUGUACAGCUGAGCAGAAUUGUUGUAGAUGUACUGUUAUUCCUGCUGUGUCACAGUUAUAUACUUCAGAAGUGUUAAAAGCACUCCCUCUUCCAUUAAAGGCUAUGGGACUAGUAUAAACUAUUUAGUUUGAAACAGGAACAUAGAUUUUGACAUACAUACCUGGCAUGGAAGGAGAUUGCAUUGAAGCAUGAAAUUAAGAUGCAAGAAUACUCAAUGUUAAUAGAUCUUAAAAACCCUCCUGAAAUAUCCAAUUGUCUGAUCAUAAAAAUUAGAAACCCUAUUUGAAACCCAAACCAAGGCUACCACAGUGCGUGUGAGUGAAGAGAAGAUUUUUCUAGCCUUUAAUGAACAGGGUCAUAACUAACAUAUUUAAAUAAGUAAAUAAUUGAAACAUAAUAAGUAGUUGUGUAAGAAUGAAACUACGUAUAUGAGAGCGUGGUUGUUCAAAUCAGUAUUGUUUUUUAUGUGUUUUUAACAUUUUUUGAAUGGGGAGGGUAGAGGACUAGCAUUCUGAAGGUGCCAAAUUUUUGUGUAUUGGAACAGAUACACCUCUGUGUAAUACAGAGUUCACUGGAACAAAUGCGGUACAUUGCAAUUUAGAGCAAAGCAGUGAUUCUUUUAUUGCUUUUGUUUCUGGUUGGAAAUUUGUUACAUGAUUUUGUAUUAGAUCUAACAUGAGAAGAGCUAGUCAUGUGUUUUUAUGCUCAUGUCUCCAUCAAUCAGGGAUGGUGAAAUUUAACAAAAACAUUAUUGGGAGGGAAGAAGGAUGGGGAAUCUUUGUAAAUAAAUGUUAUUAUUCAGGGUGAUGCUUUUAUUAUUGUCAUCACAUGGCAAAUCAAAAAGAAUGAACCAAAACAAAUAUUACUAUAAAUAAAAUUCUGUGUUGUUAGUGCUUUUUGCUUGCUAUUAGAGUGAAACAUCAUUUACACAUUUCAGCUUUGUGGAGGACAAAUUUAUACCGGCAAAGAUGUUUAGAUAAUUUUAUUUUCAGUACACCAGUCACCUGCUGCAUAAAUAGCUGCUAGAGGAACACCAUCCAAUACUAAAUAUUUUAUGAUAGGGCAAGUAAACUUAAAUUCAAGGAACUAAAAAAUUGUGCUCUAAUAUUAUGAAUGUAAAUGAGGUUUGUAAAAUUUGUUACACAAUAUCUAAUACUCUGGUGUGUGAUCGUAAAAUUCAGAGUAGUGUGAUUGAUUUAGUAGGCAUCAAAAAUCAGUUCAGCACAUAAUUUAUUAAAAAAAGAAAGAUUUAAUGGGUAAGGAAACGAAAUUGUACACACUUCAGGAAGCCUCCAAGCUGAAAUGAGUAGGGAGGGAUGUUUGUAGAAUAUUUAUUUGGGAAAGUAAAAGAGAAGAAGAAUCAAAGAUGUUUUAUUACUGCUAUUAUGAUAGCAUUAAAAGUAAAGGGCAAUAAUACUGAAGUAAAAGAAAUAAAAAAAUACCAGGCAUUAAAAGACAAGUUUAGAACUGCACAUGUACUGCUGUCUUGUAAGCUGUUACUAUUAACACAUUGUGUACUGUUUGUUUUGUUUAUUAAAGUGUGUAUAUUUAGAAACAGAA